AUGUUAUUUUUUACAAAAGGUGUUGCGUUUUUCAAGAAGCUUACCAACAUAGCUUGGUAUUUGGAUCCUCACAUUCCAAAAUUCAUCGAAAGAAGCUUAAAGAUGCCAAAACUAAUUAUGGGGUUGUAUGAUGAUAUUGAUAACGUGGCGUUGGCGACAUCACCCCAGAGUUUCAUUGGGUAAGUUUAUAUUAUUAUGAUUCCCAUAAUCAGGACGUUGUCUUUGAUGUUUACAGUCCAAUGAAGAAUGUCUUGAUAAAUAAAAAAUGCUAUGAAAAUAUCUGUAUUUAGAUACAAUGACUGGAAAGGGAAGAAAAAAGCAAGACCUCAGAUAUUACAUGAAGAAUUGUUAGAGAAAGUAGCAGAGGUUUAUGACAUGCUGCAAUUUGCGUGGCUUGCAAGAUCUGAGUGGAAAACUUUUAAACAGGUAGGUGCGUUGCUUCCACUUAAAAAUAACCUUAGCGGUGAAAAUAGAUGGCAUGACGUAAAACACGUUUAAUAGGGCUUGUGCUGAGCGAUAAGUUAUUUGUUCUAUUCCAGGAUCUUGAAGAGAUUGGAAAUAGUAUGAAGAAGUAUCAUUGUAUGUUGGAAAGGAAUAACGAGAAGAUAAGUGCAAAUCAAAUGAGCCUUAAUUUACCUCGCAGCCCAUUCACAGACGCAACUAUCACAACUGUCCUUUCAAAAGGUUCAGGGCCAGUUUUAGAGCGCUACAAUGACCUUUUCCAUGAAAUCCAAACUAGACCAUGUUAUGAUCCUAUUUUUCUCAACGAUUUAAUUGGAGAUGAUGCCACGAAAGAUGCCCGCUAUCAUUACGUAUCUACUCUUUUGAAAAACGGUCUCCCCGGCGUGUCAUUUGACGUUUUGAAGUAUUCUCCUGGAGGAAGUUGGAGAACAUGCGUCUUCUUUUGGAAGGUCCCCAAUGACGGUACAGAUCGACAACUGUCAGACAGAGUCGCCGAAGUUCUCAAACAAGAUAUGCCAACGUUCCAUACCAGAGCUAUGAAGGCAGAAUUUCGAAGCAGGUUUGGAAAUGUGGCCAAGAUUACGCCUGCAAUUCGAAGGGCUAAUUAUCGUUUUCUUACUGACGAUAGUUCAGCAAAUGACAAUGCCAUUUCAAACGCUCUCGACAUCAGAAUGGCAGUGGCAAUUAAUUCCGAGGAUCCAGAUCUAGCUGUCGAUUUACGAGAAAUGAAUGAGGGUCGUCCAGAGAAGUACGAGGUGUUCUGGGAAGCCUUAGGGUCUUAUCUAGAGGAGCACAUGGCAGCUCAAGAAAGGAGACAUGGAGAUGUGGGAUACAUGCCCGUAGCCAUAACUGUGCCUGAUUUGAUGAAACAAGUGAAAGAAAAGUUACCCGAAGAAACCCCAAUUCCAUUUGAGGCCUGGGUUCGCUAUCAGUUUUGGCCAAAAGACCCCAGUUCACGUUCUGCGACCCAGUACACUGGAAGGUUCAAUGUUCGGUUUCAUGUUCAAACUAGGCAAAUUAGGCAUAUCCAUCCAGACGUACACUACUGUGCAGCUUUGGCAAAGUACCUGA